UGCCUCCUAGUCGAGUCCUGAGAGACCAGGCCGCAGCACAGCGGGGGUCCUAAGCGGGCGGUCGGCCGGCGACGUUGCCUUUUCAACCCCGCGGCUCGGAGAAACGCCAGGACCUUUUAUUUCUGGGCUGGAGGUCCGGACGGGCCCUUUUCUGAAGAGGACCCGAUAGAUCUUCCGCCUGCGGGCGCAGCACUUUCAGAGGUAGCAGAGGCCUCUGCGUUCUUAUUUGCCGGGAGUGACUAAGGCGUCUUUGCUGUCUGUAAAAUUGACAUCUCGAAAUCCGAGGCUGGCUGCUCAUUUAAAAUCCUAACCCGCAAGAGGUUCUUUGAACAUUUGCCUAUGGGGGCCGAAAUCACCAGGAUUCAGCUCCGCAGUGUUGCUCAGCAACGGUGCCUCCACGUGUGGGAUUGGCUGGAGCCGGGCUUCGAGCCGCCUACGGGCCUUGCCCCCGGCUUUAAAGUGACCAGUCCCGGCGCAGCGAGUGUCUUCGGAUCCGGUCUCUGCGGUCAUGACGACCCUCGCCUCGGGCGAGCCGGACGCGGCCGAGGUGCUGCCGCUGCACAAGUUUGACUGCAGUUCCCUGGAGGCCUACCUCAACCAGCACUUGCCUGGCUUUGGGGCCGAACCCGAGGCCAAGCUGACAGUUGCCCAGUACAGGUCAGGACAGUCCAAUCCAACCUUUUAUCUCCAGAAGGGCUUUCAAAAAUAUGUACUCAGAAAAAAACCACCUGGUUCACUUCUCCCUAAAGCACAUAAGAUUGAUAGAGAAUUUAAAGUCCAGAAAGCUUUGUUUUCUAUUGGAUUCCCUGUUCCCAAGCCUCUAUUGUACUGCAGCGAUGCUUCUGUCAUUGGAACAGAAUUUUACGUGAUGGAACAUGUGCAGGGUCGAAUUUUUCGUGAUUUCUCAAUUCCUGGAGUUAGCCCAGCAGAACGUUCAGCCAUAUAUGUGGCCGUGAUAGAAACCUUGGCUCGGUUACAUUCUUUGAAUAUAAAGUCAUUGCAUCUGGAAGGAUAUGGUAUAGGUGCUGGGUACUGUAAAAGACAGGUAUCAACCUGGACAAAGCAAUAUCAAGCUGCAGCCCAUCAGGACAUUCCUGCCAUGAACCAGCUCUCUGACUGGCUAAUGAAAAACUUGCCAGAUAAUGACAAUGAAGAAAAUUUGAUUCAUGGAGAUUUCAAGCUAGAUAACAUAGUUUUCCACCCUAAAGAGUCUCGAGUUAUCGCUGUACUGGACUGGGAGCUUUCAACCAUUGGCCAUCCUUUGUCAGACUUAGCUCAUCUCUCCCUGUGGUACUGGUGGCCAAGGACAUGUCCAAUGAUAAAUCAAGGCUUUUAUUUACAGGAAAACAUAGGGAUGCCACCAGUGGAAGAACUGAUUUCAAUAUAUUGCCGCUUCAGGGGAAUUAGUUCUGAUUUUCCUAACUGGAAUUUCUUCCUUGCCCUUGCAUUUUUUAAGAUUGCUGGAAUAUUACAGGGAGUAUAUCGUAGAUACCUUCUGGGAAAUAAUGCAUCUGAGACUAGCUUUCAGUUUGCCAAUAUUGUGCAACCUCUGGCAGAAACUGGAUUGCAACUCUCAAAAAGAACUUUCAGAACUACACCAUCACAGACUGAUACUACCCAAGAGUUGUUUGUUCAGACUAGGAGAGGCCAGGAAGUUCUUACGAGGGUGAAGCAUUUCAUGAAACAGUACAUCCUUCCAGCUGAAAAGGAGGUAAUUGAGUUCUAUGUUCAAAAUGAAAAUUCAGCAGACAAGUGGAAGAAACCAUCAGUGAUUGAAAAUCUCAAGGAAAUGGCCAAAGCAGAGGGCCUCUGGAACUUGUUUCUGCCAGCGGCAAGCGGUCUCAGCCAGGUGGACUAUGCCCUGAUUGCUGAAGAAACUGGAAAAUGCUUUUUUGCUCCAGAUGUCUUUAACUGCCAAGCACCAGACACAGGGAACAUGGAGCUGCUCCACAUGUACGGAAGCGAGCAGCAGAAGCAGCAGUGGCUCGAGCCUCUUCUCCAAGGGAGCAUUGCCUCCUGCUUCUGCAUGACAGAGCCGGAUGUAGCAUCCAGUGAUGCCACAAAUAUUGAAUGCAGCAUCCAACGAGAUGGCGACAGCUAUGUAGUCAACGGCAAGAAGUGGUGGAGCAGUGGAGCUGGGAAUCCAAAGUGCAAAGUUGCUAUUGUUUUGGGAAGAACUAAAAAUACUUCGGCAAGCAGACACAAACAACACAGCAUGAUUCUUGUUCCUAUCAACACACCUGGAGUAGAAGUCAUAAGGCCUUUGUCAGUGUUUGGCUACAUGGAUAAUUUGCAUGGAGGACAUUUUGAGAUCCACUUUAAUCAGGUGCGAGUUCCUGCCACCAACUUAAUACUAGGUGAAGGGAGGGGAUUUGAAAUUGCCCAAGGCCGCCUUGGACCUGGCAGAAUCCACCACUGUAUGAGAACAGUAGGUUUGGCGGAGCGCGCUUUGCAGAUCAUGUGUGAACGGGCAACACAAAGGGAGGCCUUUAAGAAGAAACUGUAUUCACAUGAGGUUGUAGCUCACUGGAUUGCUGAAAGCCGUAUCGCCAUUGAAGAGAUCCGCUUAUUGACCCUGAAAGCCGCCCACACCAUUGACAUUCUGAGCGGCAGUGGCGCUAAGAAGCAGAUCGCGAUGAUUAAAGUGGCUGCCCCUCGGGCCACUUGCAAAAUUAUUGACCGGGCGAUCCAAGUGUGCGGAGGCGCAGGUGUUUCCCAGGAUUUCCCUCUGGCUUACAUGUAUGCCUCCAUCCGAGCUUUGCGCUUAGCAGAUGGACCUGACGAAGUCCACCUCUCGGCAAUCGCAAAAUUGGAGCUUUGGGACCAAGCCAGAAGCUUGAGGGCCAAGGUGUAAGGAGGCGACACCGCCUCACCUCUAGACACACUGCUUGAGCUCCAGAAUUUGACUCUUGUUCUGUUUCUGUAGCAGUUUGAGCACAGGAUUAAUUAUGCACUUUUGGUAAAGAUUUGAGGAUCUAUUUUAAUCAGUGGGUUUUAUAAUUCAGGGGUCACACAGGAUUAAUCAAGUUAAUAAGAAAUUCUGUAACUGUUGUCAUUCAGUCUAAUACCUAACUCUUUCGCCUUUACUUUUUAAACACUCAACUAGUAAAGAGAUCGUGAAGUAAACUGGAGAGCUUAAGCAUAGGCACACAAAUAUCUUUACUUUUUGAUUCUCAUGAAUUGUUCCAUUUAAAUAAAUAUUCAAGGAAUAUUAAUCAUUACUUUGUAAAAAAUAUGGUGGGAUCUCCUUUUUAACACUCAUUUAGGGGUUGGUUUAACACUGUCGUCAUGUUUGCAUUGGAGAGGGAUGCAUGACUGAUGGGUCAUUUUAGACUUCAUAUCAUCACAAGCUUCAUAAUUCAACAGGAAGCAUUUAUACAUAAAACUGAAAGCAGUUUAAACUUUACUAGAAAAUAUGGCACAUUAUGAGAAAAUGUAAUUAAGAAAAAUUUUAAUUGUUUAUGUUAAUUGGAUAGUGGAUGUUUAAGGUACAAGAAAGUCACUUAAUUUUGAGAUGAGAUUAAAGACAGUCUGCUUUAAAUGCCAUCCUGUUAAGAGCAAACUUCCUGGUGGCCAUUUAAAUCAGCUCUGCUCAGUGUGGCAGCCAGUGGCCCCAUGAGACACUUGAGCACUUGGACUGCGGCUGUGCAACUGAGGAAGUGAAUGUUUUACUUUAUAAAAUUUUAAUUUAAAUCAUUUCUCAACUUAGUUACUGGAAAACUUUCAAGUAUGUUUGGAAUAACUUGGCUAUAUGAAUUCACUUUUUGUAAUGUAAAUUUUAUGAUAUCUAAAUACGAGCAAGUAUUUUGAAUGGUUAAUUUUGCAUCUGAAUUAAGAAACAGAGUAAGUAUAAAAUACACACCAAAUUUUGAAUACUUAGUGUGAAAAAAGAGAAACAUUUUAUUAAUACUUUAAAAAUACUGAUUAAUGUUGAAAUGAUAAAAUUUGGAUAUACUGAAUUAAAUAAAAUAUAUUUUGCCUGUUUCUUGUUACCUUUUUAGUGUGGAAACCAUUGGAAUAGUUAGUAACUGGUAAAUUUUCAAAUUAAAGUAUUUCUAAAAAUUAUAAAACUGUUUUAUUAGAAAGCUUAUAUAAUAUCACAUGAAUUUAUUGAUGUCCAGAGAUUGUUUCAAUCAUUUAAGUAUCUUGAGGGGGGACAGACAUUUGACAAGACCUGGGUUCUGGUUCCUUGUGUGUCAUGUGGGCUUCUUACAUUUGUCUUUGAACCAUGACCUCUCUGCACCUCAUUUGUCUUUCUACUCACUGGAAUUAACUUUGAAACCUCAGGACCCUUCCCUUACCUACUCAGGGUUUGUUGUGAUAAUCACUGAGGCCAUAUGGAAGCACCUUGAUAUUUGUGAACCACAAUAAAGUACUUUACAAGGUAUCCUUCUCUAAAGUGGAUAAAAUCUUAAACCAAGCUAUUUAACUCCCUACCUUUAAUUCAUUCAGAUAAAAUGUUAUGAAGAAUAUUAAGGGUUGGUCACUAUGCUGCAGUCUACCUGGGACAGUCAGCGAGGUUCACCAUGGAUUUGAAGCCAAAUGGCUUUAAAAUAUGAAAUUGCCCUAUAACACCCAUAUUAUUCUGGAUAUUAUGGAAGGAGUGAACUCACCAGUCAGCAGCAGGGACCUCGUGACUGCCCAGCAGGGAAGUUACCGUGAGGCUCUAUACAGAGCUCAUGGAAGCCGCGCGAGGCUCUAUAUAGACUCAUGGAAGCCAUGCAGGGCUUGUCCAGGGUAGUUGAGGUGGUUCACAUUUUAACCCUUGAGAACACACAAUAGAAAGUUCAGCUGAUCAUGGAAGAGCCAAUUUCCUCAUCAACCUGUGGUUUUUCACACAGCUUUCCCAAGGUCAACAUUACCCGAGUUCUUCCCAUGAUUGUAGCACAUGCCACAGGCCUGCUCAUAUUUUGUCCAAGAGAACUGAAGUGGGUGAAGAGCAACAGAGUCCAAGCACAGCGUUUCGUACUUUGACAGAAAGGCUGCAUAAAGCUCACAAAACCCACUUUCCUCAUUCUUUCUUAAUUAAACUACAACAGUUUCUGGGAAGUUCAGAAGGAAAGUACUUCUUACACAGGGUUCUGAGGGGAUUUAAAUUAGUAAAGGUCUUAAAUAAAGGAUAUUAUAAAGUGAAAUGUAUUUAAGAAAAUGUCUUCUAUGAACAAAUGCCCUGUUUUGAUCAAUCCAGGCAGCCUUGGCCCAGCUUGACUCUUUCACUCACACUUGAUGAUCCCUCCCCCAAGAAGUAAAGUGGGUGCAGACCAAUCAGAAGAGAUCUACUGAGGUUA